AAUUAGAUGAUCAUUACAAAAUACCGCAGGAUUUCACAUCAACUCACUGUAGUACGAAAUACAUGCUGGCUAGACAAGAAAUAUUAGGGCAUUUACAAACGAAAUAUAUGAAACAAAAAAUGGCUGAAGAAAACAAUAGACGUGUUGGCUUGGUUCGGGAUCUUCAUGAUUGUUGAGCAUUGAUGAGAUGAUUAUGUUUUAACUUUAUUGUUGAACCAGCCAACCCAUCAAAUCGGAACUAUACAUCCCGACCCCCUCUUGGUGAUAUCACUAAUAUUGAUCAGCCUUCCGGUUCGAUGCCAGAAGAUGGGUCCGCAUCAGCCAUUGCUGAAUUCAAUCAUGAAAAAGAGUUGGCUAGGAGGCAACAUGCAAGAGACCGCAGUAGUAAUAUGGCAAACGAACCAAGGGAUCGAAGAAACGCACAGAGACGGGCAUCUUAUCGAAAGAAAAAGGAAGAGGGUACGAUCAACCUCCAAAACAAUAAUCAAGUGCAGCGUGAGCGACGAAAGGAACAACGAAACAACAGGACCCCUGAUGAGCAGGGGGAGUCAAGUGCGAAGAGAAAGGCAGACUAUGCUAGAAGGAAAAACACCCCGUGUGCUGAAUCGAUCGCAAUGCCACGUCCAGAUCUAACUAGCGCAUUGUCCAACUCUCCCUCUUUCAACACUCACGUCAAUUGUCCGACUCUCACACUUCGAACCAUCACGCAACAAUCCGGCAGUGAACAGAUAUAUCGUGAUACAACUAUCAAGUCGGCCCCCACAUACAUUCGCAACACCGAAACCGAUGGUGCAUACCUAAGCAGAACCUUAGGUGAUGGUGCUGUAGAUGGCGACCUCAUCGAAAUCAAUGAGCACCUACAAAGUGCCGACCUGCAAACCAGUGAUCCAGUAACAAUUGCGGAUAAUGGAUUUGACGAGCAGAGUCAUGAGUCCAGAGCUCGGCGUAGGACAAGAGAGCGAGCUUGCAAGGGAAGUAUGGCGGCGAUGAAGCGUCAGGAGAAAAUUGGCAAGCGAAAAACAUGUACGCAGGUGCCACGUGGUGAGAGGAAUGCUAUGCUAGAUCGUCGUAAUAAAAGGUUUGUAGGUAGGGUGAAUACCCCAACCGUCAGGUCCAUCUCCAUACCGAAAAUGAGCUCAACGGGACAACCUACCAUAGUUGAAGCACACAGUGCCUCAACAUCAUCUAGCACGCCGGAGUACACGAUCAGAAGUGAAGGUAACACGCCCAUCCUUACUCUCC